UGUCUCCGUGUCUGUUCGUAAUUACAAAGCAUUCAAAAACAAUAACAAUAAAAUUUGAAGUAUCAGGUGUGACAUUUAAAGCAGACGCUUUGAUGCUCCACCUGAGAGUAAAUCUGUAAGGCUUGUCACCAGCAUUCAGACAUCAAUUCUGCUUGCUUCACAGCCAGACAGGACACGGUUUAAAAAAAAAGUCCCCACCACUCAUGCACUUACAGGCCCAACUAAAGGGGACGUAACACUUCUGCAUGUCUACAAGCAGACUUUUGUUCAUCAUUGAUUGUUUAUUUUUGCUGUUUACAUUUAUAGUAAAUAUAUGAAUACAUUUUGAGUUGUUUACUUUAAUUAGUUUUCCCCCUUCAAGUAAGGGAGGGUGGCGUCCUAGGGCUCUCUAUGGACGGACUGCCACAGGUCCAUGAUGACUCCUGUCUAACAUAAUCUUUUAGCUUGUUUUUGUUGCCUUGAUGUUUUUGGCCACAAGGGAUGAGUAAUGGUGGUGCUCGGAACUAAUGAGAAUUGUGUAAUGGAAGAAAAGGAUAAAUGAUCUGUGUGACAGGGUUCUGCUCAGACAGCAGUAUCCAUCUGAUGAUGGAGAUACAGAUUGAAGCUGAGUUCUGUUUUCCACAACUCAACAGGUCCUGCAGGAGGCCAACACCUCACUGGUCUGAAGCUGUCCUCCUGAACAUCGUGUUGUCCUUCAUCUCUCUGAUCACAGCAGUUCUAAACCUCCUCAUCAUAAUCUCAGUCUCCUAUUUCAGGAAGCUCCAGAAACCUUCUAACAUCCUCAUCCUCUCUCUGGCUGUGUCAGAUUUCCUUAUUGGCUUUUUAAUCAUUCCAUUUGAAAUCUUUAGAAAGACAAACUGCUGGAUACUCGGUGAUAUCACAUGUUUAUUUUACUAUUAUGUUUCUUCUGUUUCUAUCUGUGCUUCAAUUGGAACCGUUGUUCUCAUAUCAGCUGAUCGCUAUGUGGCUAUUUGUUACCCUCUGCAUUAUCCCACCAGAAUAACCUUACCAAGAAUUAAACGCUGUGUUUGUCUUUGUUGGAGCUGUGUUGCUUUCUAUAUAAUUUUCUUCUUAAAAGAUAUGCUGAUUCAGCCAGGCAGGAGUAAUUCCUGCAUUGGAGAAUGUACAAUGUCUGUAGAUUAUUUUGUAGGAACUUUUGAUCUGUUUAUAUCCUUUUUAUUUCCAGUUACAGUCAUCAUAGUUCUGUAUAUGAGAGUAUUUGUGGUGGCUGUGACUCAGGCUCGUGCCAUGUACUCUCACAAUAGAAGUGUCACCCUUCAGCUUUCAGUGCAACAACAAACAAAGAAAUCAGAGCUAAAAGCAGCCAGAACACUGGGUGUUCUUGUUGUUGUGUAUCUGAUGUGUUUCUGUCCAUAUUACUGCUGCUUUUAUUUUAUAGAUAGUUUUACAACUACAACAUAUAUAUCAUUCUUGUUCUUUCUUGGUUAUUUUAACUCCUGUCUAAACCCUCUGAUCUAUGCCAUGUUUUAUCCCUGGUUCAGAAAAGCUGUUAAACAUAUUGUAACUUUACAGAUCCUGAAGCCCGACUCCUGUGAGGCCAACAUACUGUAGAUACUGUGGACUGAGGGACGUACAACCUCCUGAACAGUUUACAAUUCCAAAAUCUAAAGUCCAGUGAAGGAGAAAGUAGUUUUUUUUUCAUUUCCUACAUUAUAAACAUAAAUGUAUGUAAAGAGCAGGGCCGGUUCUAGGCUGGCACAUUUGAGGGAGCAGACAGAAUUGUAAAGGGGGAAGAUUGUGGUUAUGGAAGAGGAAAAGGCGUAUUGGUGGUGGAGGUAUUCCAGGAUCUUUUUGUCAUGUGAUUGGAUUGCAUUUUGUUAGACUUUGAUCUUCCCUUGUUUCUCUGUACCUGAAAACCUUAUUCAUGUAUUCAUCACAUCACAAAUCAACUACAGCAAUAGCAUCUAUAUGGUAUCCCAUCCAAAACCCUCACCAAACUUCAAGACAUCCAGAAUUGUCCUGCCUGUCUCCUAACCAGUGACCACAUCACCUCUAUCGACUCCCUCUCCCUCAGUGCAUCAUAUUCAAAGUCCUCCAUAACCAGGAGCCCUCCUACCUCUCUAACCUGCUCCACCACCAUGCCCCAUCCCUCUGCCUCUCCUCCCUCUCUCACAGAACCAAGCUCUGAACUUGGGGAGACUCAGUUUUCUCCAUGGCUGCCCCCACCCUCUAGAACUCACUCCCACAACCUCUCCACAACUGCUCUGACCUCUCCACCAUCAAAACUCUUCUCAAGACUGAUUUCAAAAAUGUUUUACAGUUUAUUUUUUAUUGUUGCAUAAUCUGUCUGUUUUACCUUGUCU